GGACUGUAGAGAUUAGCUCCAUCAGCUCAGUAAUGGGUUCUUGGGUGCGCACCAUCACCACCCCCUUCAGGAAGGCUUGCACAUGCACUCCCAUCAAUCCACCCCCAGAUCAGAAGAAGCCUCAGCCAGGUUUUCAAUCAGUUCACACUGAAGCGGCGCACGAGAGGUACGGAAUGACAGUACUGCAUGGCGAGGUGAUGGCCUGCUCCUACGAGGACGUGAAGGUGAUGUGGUCGAUCCUUGACAAGUCCAACUCCGCAGAACAUCGCAGCAGCCGCUAG